AUGCCUCCGGCCCGGUCGACUUCAAAUGCCAACAUCGACUCCAAAGAGCUGGCGAAGGAAUCUUGGGAGCGGAACCGCGCAGUGGAUGACUCGGAGAUACUUGAUUGGUUCAACGGUCAACUUCGAUCGACGGUAAAAUGCAAGACCUGCCAACGUUCCUCUCAUACCUUUGACGAGUUUAUGUACCUCUCAGUGUCUGUGGAGGCCACCAGCAUGCUGGAAUUGCAAUCUUGCAUUCGUCAAUUUUUCAAAACCGAAGCGCUUUCCGGUUCCAGCCGCUGGAUGUGUCCUGGCUGCAAGGUACCCAGAGACGCUAUCAAGACCUUUGACAUCUGGCGCCUGCCUAAGUACCUCAUUAUUCAUCUGAAAAGGUAA